GGCGGGGCCCCGCUGCAAAGAUGGAGGGGCGGCGGGGCGCGCGCGGGGCGGCGCGGACGGCCACCGCGCAGGGCUCCUGGGUGGCACGGGCACAGCCCCGGCGCUGACAGCCUCGCCAGACACCUGCCUCUCCGCUCCUCUCUGGCACCUACCGGCCACCAUGGACUCCCAGAGCGACGCAGAGGGGGGGUCUGGCCGUGAGCCCUCGCUGGAGCUUCUGUCCCGUGUCCAGCUCCACACCAACCUCCCUGCCUCAGGGGCGGAGGGGCUGGCGGAGGCACGCGGGGCGGCCGAGGCGUGCGGGGAGCGCCGGGGGCUGGGGCUGGACGCGGCGGCGCGGGAGCGGCAGCUGCAGCGGGAGCUGCUGGCCCUCAAACAGCAGCAGCAACUCCAGAAGCAGCUGCUCUUCGCCGAGUUCCAGAAGCAGCAUGAGCACCUCACCCGCCAGCAUGAGGUCCAGCUCCAGAAGCACCUCAAGCAGCAGCAGGAAGCCCUGGCCGCCCGCCGGCAGCAGGAGCUGGAGCAGCAACAGCAGCGGGAGCGACAGGAGGCCCUGGAGCAGCAGCAGCGCCUGGAGCAGCUCCAGGCCCUGCGCACCAAGGACAAGAGCCGUGAGAGCGCCAUCGCCAGCACGGAGGUGAAGCUGAAGCUGCAGGAGUUCCUGCUCAGCAAGACGAAGGAGCCGGGAACCGGCCCCCCCAACCAUUCCCUCCCCCAGCACCCCAAAUGUUGGGCUCACCACACUUCGUUGGACCAGAGUUCCCCCCCCCAGACCGGCAGCCCGGGGACACCCCCAUCCUACAAACUCCCCCUCCUCGGCACCUACGACGGUCGGGAUGAUUUCCCGCUCCGCAAAACCGCCUCCGAACCCAACCUGAAAGUGCGCUCGCGGUUAAAACAGAAGGUGGCAGAGAGGAGGAGCAGCCCCCUGCUGCGGAGGAAGGACGGCACCGUCAUCAGCACCUUCAAGAAGCGCGCCAUCGAGAUCACGGUGUCCUCAGUGUGCAGCAGCGCCCCAGGCUCUGGGCCCAGCUCCCCCAACAGCUCUCACUGUGCCAUUGCCGAGAACGGCUUCACCGGCUCCGUCCCCAACAUCCACACCGAGCAGCUCCUGCCCCAGCACCGAGCCCUUGCCCUGGAUGGCACCAGCCAGCUCAGCCUCUACACAUCCCCGUCCCUGCCCAACAUCUCCCUGGGGUUGCAGGCUACCGUCACUGUCACCAACUCCCACCUCAACGCGUCCCCCAAGCUGUCACCACAGGCAGAGGCUGAGCGCCCGGCAGUGGCCACCCUGCACCCUGCAGCUGCCCUCACCGGCAAGUUCCUGAGCACCUCGUCCAUCCCGGGCUGCCUGCUGGGGGUGGCCCUGGACGGAGACCCCCCCUCCGGCCCCGCAUCCCUGCUGCAGCACGUCUUGCUGCUGGAGCAAGCGCGGCAGCAGAACACCCUCAUCGCCGUGCCGCUGCACGGGCAGUCGCCGCUGGUGACGGGGGAGCGCAUGGGAAGCGUGCGGACGGGGAGCAAACUGCCGCGGCACCGGCCCCUGAGCCGCACGCAGUCAUCACCGCUGCCCCAGAGCCCUCAGGCCCUGCCCCACGGAGCCCUGCCCCACGGAGCCCUCCAGCACCACUUCCUUGACAAACAGCAGGUCCAACUGGGAAAGCUGCUCCCCAAGCCAGGGGAGCUGGCACGGCAGCCCCCCACUCACCCCGAGGAGACCGAGGAAGAGCUGACAGAGCAGCAGUCACCCCCACCGGGAGAUGGGGUCUCCCUCGGCCCCCCCCUUGCCCUCAUCUCCCCAGACGCUGGGGACCCCUCGGAGCAGCUGCAGGACCCCGAGGGCUGCGGGGUGCCCUGUGAAGAGGCAACUGACAGCGGGGACGAGGCCGAGCUCCCCGGGGCCCCUGACGUCACCGAGCUGGGAGUCACGUACAAGCAGGUGUUCCCUGAGGCGUCGCUGCAGCUGUAUCCCGGGCCUGCCCUGGGCAUCCUGGCGCUGCCCCACACGGCUCUCACCCGCGCGCAGUCGUCCCCUGCCAGCGCUGGCAUCAAACCACCCGUGCCCAACGGGCCCCCCAAGCACCUCUUCACCACAGGCGUGGUGUAUGACACCUUCAUGCUGAAGCACCAGUGCACCUGCGGCAACACCAACAUCCACCCCGAGCACGCUGGGCGCAUCCAGAGCAUCUGGUCCCGCCUGCAGGAGACCGGCCUCCUCAGCAAGUGCGAGCGCAUCCGGGGCAGGAAGGCGACGCUGGAGGAGAUCCAGACAGUGCACUCAGAGCAUCACACGCUGCUCUAUGGCACCAGCCCCCUAAACCGGCAGAAGCUCGACAGCAAGAAGCUCCUGGGUCCCAUCAGCCAGAAGAUGUACGCGGUGCUGCCUUGUGGGGGCAUCGGGGUGGACAGUGACACAGUGUGGAAUGAGAUGCACUCAUCCAGUGCCGUGCGCAUGGCGGUGGGCUGCCUGCUGGAGCUCGCCUUCAAGGUGGCUGCUGGGGAGAUCAAGAACGGCUUCGCUGUCAUUCGUCCCCCAGGACACCAUGCAGAGGAGUCCACAGCCAUGGGCUUCUGCUUCUUCAACUCAGUGGCCAUCUCGGCCAAGCUGCUCCAGCAGAAGCUCAGCGUGGGCAGGAUCCUCAUCGUGGACUGGGACAUCCAUCAUGGGAAUGGAACCCAGCAAGCCUUCUACGGUGACCCUGACGUCCUCUACAUCUCUCUCCACCGCUACGAUGAUGGCAACUUCUUCCCAGGCAGUGGGGCCCCUGAGGAGGUGGGCAGCGGCAUGGGAGUGGGCUACAACAUCAACAUUGCCUGGACUGGUGGCGUUGAUCCCCCCAUCGGGGACGUGGAGUAUCUCACCGCCUUCAGGACUGUGGUGAUGCCCAUCGCCAACGAGUUCUCCCCAGACAUGGUGCUGGUCUCGGCUGGCUUCGAUGCCGUGGAGGGUCACCUCUCCCCUCUUGGGGGUUACUCCGUCACCGCCAAAUGUUUCGGUCACCUGACGAAGCAGCUGAUGAUGCUGGCAGGGGGCCGGGUGGUGCUGGCGCUGGAGGGGGGCCACGACCUGACGGCCAUCUGUGACGCCUCAGAGGCCUGUGUCUCUGCUCUGCUCGGCCUUGAGCUGGAGCCCCUCGACCCAUCCCUCCUGCAGCAGAAGCCAAAUGUGAAUGCGGUGGCCACCCUGGAGAAGGUCAUCGAGAUCCAGAGCAAGCACUGGGGCUCGCUGAAGCGCUUCGCGGCCGCCGUGGGCUGCUCCUUGCUGGAGGCGCAGAAGGGGGAGGCGGAGGAGGCCGAGACGGUGACAGCCAUGGCCCUGCUGUCUGUGGGGGCCGAGCAGGGGGCUGCUCAGGACCCUCAGCCCAGGCCGACGGAGGAGCCGAUGGAGGCCGAGCCCGUGCUGUGACCCUCCGGCCCUCACCAGACGGCCCACGGCUUUGUCCAUUUCUUAUACAAGAAAAGCAACUCCAAGAGGAGAAGACAGAGGGGAUAAAAAAAUCACACUAAAAAGAAAUACACAAAAAAAAAACCACGUUAAAAAACCCAAACCAACCACACACUGACAACAAAACCACCACACACACCAACACACACACACAAAAGGUAGAAACCGGGAGGAAAAACAGAAAAGAAAAACAAAAGGGGAAAAUAUUUUCUUUUUCUACUAAAAAGAGGAGAAAAACCACAAAAAAAUGCCCCCCCCCCCAACCCGUCCUGUCAGCCCCCAGCUCCCCGCAGUGUUUGCGGUCGUGUCUCUUGUGAAGCCUGGGUUCCACCAGCACUUGCCCCACGAUGGGUUUUCCUGCUGUGGCCCCUCUCUCUCUUUUGUUUUUUUUUAAGGGGUUUUCCUUGUUUUCUCCCUUUUUUCUUUCCCAGUCGCUCCCUCCCCGGCGUCCGUCCUCCACCCGGGGGUGGCGAUGGGAAACAUUCGUGCCUUUAAUUCAGUCAGUUGGGGUUGUUUGUUGGGGUUUUUUUUAAUGCCUUAAUUUCCCCUGUGAUGUUUCGGGGGGGUUUUCUCAUUUUUUUCUUCAUCUCCUUGUUUUGUUUCGUUUUUCCCUUUGUGUCCCCGUUUUGGAGGGGGACACGAGACGCAGGGGAUUGAGCCCUCUUUGUCACCCUGGGGUGCUGGGUGAACGAUCCCAGCACCUCUGUUGGGACAAAACUUUGUUGUAAAAAGAGAGAGAAAUAAAAAAGGAGGGGGGGGAAAGACAUAUAAAGUGGGAAAAAAACCCCACGUUCUUUUCCCGUCACUUCACCAGCUGGAGGGGACUCAGAGUGAUUUUAGCUUUAAGAGAGAGAGAAGAAAACAAAGCAAACUCACCCCAAACAAAGGUAUAUAAUUUUAUUACAGAUGUAUUAUUUAAUAGUAUUUUUUUAGGGGAUCCUGGGGCGGAGGAUGGGGCCAGUGCUUCGUGUUUUUAAGUUAUUCCGAGGGGUUUGAGGUAGCUCUGGGGGUGUCCCUGAAUUGGAGGGGGGAGGGUGGUGAUGAAAUGAGCGUGUGGCCUGGCGCAGGAGGGGUGUAAGAGGGGUGUCACUGCAGAGGUCCCAGCCCCGGGGACAACACCGUGUCCCCUGGGAGGACUCUGUUGUGUGUGGGGGGUGUUUCAGCCCCCAGCCCCCAUCCCAGGAGGGAGAAGCAGCUUGUGUAGGUGCCAGCCCCUGGCAGCGAGGCUGCUUUGCUUUGGGUGGUGCAUCCCCCCUCCCUGUUGCCCCCCACCAGCCUCCCCUCGGUUUGUUUUCUGUCUGUUCGCCUCCCGCUCAUGCUCGUGAUCUGGUUUUCAGUUGAGUAUUUUGUAAGAUGUUACCGAUGUUUGUCCUUGUACAAAUAAACUGUUUCUGGCAAUA